AUGACCCAAUUACAAAUUAAAGCCUUUAUCACUGAUAUUGAAUCGAAAGUAGAUAAAAAUGUCAAUCCCUUUUACAAAAUAACUCUGCAAGGCACUUCUGAUUACUUUUAUGCUUUCAGUAAUAGUCUUCCUCAGGAAACUCUAAGCACUUUAACUAAUGACCCUUUUAAUUUCAUCAAUCGUCAAGUGCUAAUUACUUAUCAAGAACUGCCCAAUAAAGAUCAGCAAGGAACUUUUCGCAGAAUCAAGCAAAUUGAAAUUUUACAAACUAUGUCAAAAAAAUUACAAAAACAAAUCACCUCUAAACUAGACCAAUUACAAAAACUACUCAAUAAAAUUAACGAAGCCCAAGUCAUUAACUCGGAUGACCCAGAAACCUGA